UGUUGCCGUGUUUUUUUUAUCGAUUGUCGAACAUUGUACCUUACCACUCUAGAUACAUUUGAGCCUGAUCACUCGUCCAAGGCCUACGUGAUGCAUUAUUCAUGUGUAUCAAAACAGUGAAAACGACUUCAAUAUCAGUUUAUAGAGUGCAGAGUGAUUUUAUUUGUAAGUUUAACUAAAAUCGGGGUUUCUUUUCGAGGACCGGUUAUGUACUAAACGUGUAACCGACUUGCUCGGAUAAAACGGAACCGUACUUGUUUCUGAGUGUUGUGUUGAUUUCGAGUAGAGAUAAGCAUUGUGGUUGAAUUGCACAAUUUAUAAAGCCUAAACAUGACGUUGACUGGGGAAAGUGAAGUACCGUCGACAGAAGAAGAAUUAGAAGAGGUGAGAUUUUCUUCUGAUGAUGAGAACGACGACGAGGUUGAAGAGAAGGGAGAGCAAAUUGAUGCUUCUCGAAGAUGGGUACACAUACAAAAGAAAACAUUCACGAAUUGGUGCAACGAGCAGCUUCGCGAGGAUGAUGAUUCUGUGGAUGGGACUACAGUUCUCUCGAUUGACCAAAUCGAAAGCGCAUUCACAGAUGGCAUUUUGUUAAUCAAGCUUAUGGAGAAAUUGAUAAAGAAAGAAACGAAUGACUCAGCGUCGGAGAAACCAAAAAAGAUCAAAAGAAGGUACUCGAAAAAUCCAAAGUUAAAAGCGCAAAAGAUGGACAAUAUUGCCUAUGCACUGGAAAUGAUGACGGAGGAGGGAAUACAGCUGAUAAAUAUCGGUGCUGCCGAUAUUGCGGAAGGAAACAUUAAAAUAAUUCUAGGCCUCGUAUGGAGACUGGUUCAGAAGUAUCAAAUAAGUGCUGGUGGCGGCGGAGGAGGCCAAGGCAGCAAAGGCUCCAAGUCGGCAGCUUCUGUAGCGCCAAAGAAACUCAUAUUGGCCUGGGUGAAUGCGGUCCUACCGAAAGAUUGCGAAGUGAAAAACUUCACUUCUGACUGGAAUGAUGGAAUUAAGUUGAGUGCAUUGUUAGACUUCUGCACACCAGGCCUGAUGUCCAAUUGGAAAUUGUUGGAUCCAAGUAAAAAGAUGGAGAACUGCCAGCAAGCUUUAGAGGCGGCCAACAAGCAGUUCAACAUUCCCAAGGUGCUGUCCGCAGAAGAUAUGAGCAGCCCUGACCUGGAUGACCUGAGUUGUCUGACGUACCUGUCAUACUUUGUGAAGAAGAAUGGACCUGGUUGGAAUGCUACACUGAAUUGGGUCAGACGUACCAUUCCGCAACUCAACAUUCAAAACUUUCAGAGUGAUUGGAAUGAUGGCAUUGCUCUGUGUGGCCUUGUGAAUGCCGUUUGCAACAAGUUCCCUGAUUGGCUGGAAAUGGACAAAGAAGCAGGGCUUGAGAAUUGCACCAAAGUCCUGGAUUUCCUGAAAACACGGCUAGGCCUACAGCUCUACGUGUCAGUCCAAGAUCUGUUCAUGAACAGAGCGGAACUAGCCAUUUGUGUAAUAGCAACGCAACUUUAUCAGUGCUAUACCGAGGGCUACCAGAUCCUUGAUUCUGUAGAGGAUCUUGCCAUUGGAUCUACUGUUGGACAAACAGGAAUUGAACUAAACCAUUAUGGUGAUACAGGUAUUAAAGCAAGUGAGAGCAUUGGAAUAGAAGCGGUAGUGACUGCUGAGAACCUGAACAACCCACAAGUUGAUGAACUUGCCGUCAUGACGUUUGCUGCUCGAUACAUCAACUACCAACCCCCUGCACCUCUCAAACCUUCCCCCGAGAACUGCGUCUCUUUGGAGUUUUUGAGUUUGCGGAGAAAUAAUGAUGGAUUUUACGCAGAUGUAGGAGAAUCUGUCACCUUCAAGAUUAGAAUUUCGGAUUCAAGUGUCUCUAUGAAUGAUAUUGCUGCUCAGGUGGAGAGUCUUAGUACACCGCCCUCUAUCAGUAUUGACACAAAGAGCGCCACCGAGGCAGAGGCAACAUUUAUCCCUUGUGAUGAGGGGGAGCAUAAGGUUGUUGUUCGUUGCCAAGGUCAAGAGGUCAGAGGCUGCCCUGUAUUUGUAAUGGUUAUGCCAAAGGUUGUAGUUCCAAAGUCGUUUCCUCGUAAAGUAGUUGUUACUUCGCAAGUAGAUCACAUAAUGCUUGGUGAAGAAGGCCAAGUACAGAUUGAUGCUUCAGAGGCUGGUGAGGGCAGCCUCACUGUUGAGGUCAGUAAUGGCUUUCACAACUUACCAAUCAGGAUCACCGGAAGUAUGACAUCAUUUGUGGUCCACAUCAGAGCAAUUGAACUUGGUGUAUUCAAGGUUUUCAUUCGUUGGAAUGACCAAACCAUCUCAGAUGACCCAUUAAACCUUGAGGUCAGACAACCUGGCCAGAUCAAGGUGUUUGGUGAUGGCCUUAGUCUUGCGCAAGAGGGAAGACCAUCGACAUUCAUUGUGGAUCCAAGAGAAGGUGGCAAGGGUGAAUUAAAAGUAACAGUGGAUGGGCCAAACUCAUUUGGAAAGUGCAGUAUUACUCCAAAUCCAGAUGGUACCUACACAGUAAUGUACAUACCUGCAGAGGUCGGAAUCUUUACCAUAAAGGUCACCUGGUCGGGUAAAGAGGUAAAAGGUAGUCCAUUCUAUGCUCGUGUAACUGAUCCAAAGAGAGUGCGUAUCGUUGGAGGCCAGAUGCCAGGAAUGGCAAGUAAUGGUGGGCUUCUUUUCAUAAUUGGUUUCACUGCAGGUCAUCUAUCUGCAUCCAUUGAUGAUCCAAAUGGCAAUAGAGAGCCACUCCAAAUUGAAAUGGUCUCAAGUGACCGCUACCGUGUCAAAUACUUAGCAGAAAAAGAAGGCACCUACCUGCUGCGAGUCAUGUGGGCUAACUCUCCGAUUCCGGGAUCUCCAUUCAGUGCCACAGCUAGCUUCCCGCAGGAUCCCAUUGAUGCCCGUAAGGUUCACUGCACUGGGAAAGGAAUCAUCAAUGGACGUGUGGAUGAAGAAAAUAUGUUUCACAUCAAUGGAUCAGGAGGAGGACCAGGAAUUUUGAAAUGCUGGAUGACCGGGUCAAGUACAGACAUCAAUGUGGAUGUGGUGGCUGUAGGGGGUGGUCUGUACAAAGCUGUCUAUACACCAAAAGUAGCAGGUACAUACCUGCUGCAUGUCACAUGGUCAGGAGAUAAAGUUAUGGGAUCGCCUUUUUCUGUGAAAAUUGCAGAGAAAGCCCGUGCUCAAUCGGUUACCACAAAAGGCACGGAAAUGUUGCGAACACUGAUUGCAGGUCAUAUGUCAAGGCUUGUGAUUGAUGUUACAGAGGCAGGCAUUGGGGAGCUUGUUGCCCGCUGUGUUGGCCCAGCAACCUACGCUGAAGUGCAUAUUGGAGAUAACCAAGAUGGCACCUACUCACUGCUUAUGAAUCCGUCUGAAGCUGGUCAACAUACUCUGGAAAUCAAGUUUGGACAGGAUCAUAUCCAAGGGAGUCCAUUUAUGUUCCAUGUGAAUCAGCCGCCAGAUGCAAGCAAAGUUCGCUGCUUUGGUUCUGGUUUAGCUCAUGGUAUAUUUUCAUACUUUGAUGGCCGCUUCAAUUGUAAUACAACUGGUGCUGGUGCCGGACAACUUAAGAUCCGUGUCCAUGGUCCUAAAGGCUCAUUCAAUGUCAAAGUAUCCCGCUCUGUGGAUAGUGACCGGCUGAUAAAUGUCAAAUAUAGUCCAACACAGAGCGGUGAGUACAAAGUGUCUGUCCAGUGGUCCGAUGUUCAUGUACCUGGUAGUCCGUUCCAUGUCUGGGUUGUAAACAAUGAGAAACAGCUGGAAUCAGUGAAGAAAAAAUAUCCACAGAACAAGAAGUAUCUUACUCAAACCUCCAUCAAAAGCUCAUCAAAUGUUUAAAAUACUGCUUGCAUUUUUGAUGUUUGUAAAAAUUCAGAUAUAUGUGGCACUGUUGCACCAGGUUACCAACACUUUAAAGCAAUAAAUAACAAAUACUGCUACAGACUACCAACGAUUUGCUGUCUGCAGUAUCAUUUUUUUAAUGUAAGGUACACAUUUACAUUACUAACAAAUUUUUGAAGAAUUGUAUUAACUUUGGUCAUACAGUAUGUAGGAAAUUACUCUUUCUUUUGCAACAACCACCUUUUAAAAGUAAAAUGCAAAAGCAAUUUGCUUCUUGAAGUUGAAAUUUGAUAUCUAUAGAUUAACUUUUGUAUACCUGCGUCCAAAUAUAUUAAGGACAUCAUCGUUGAUGUUUCAACUGCUAUUGGUUUUAAAUAAUACUGGAAUAGCAAUUGAUAGGUUGGUGGGUGUGUGUAGAGUUGGGGAUGGGUGGGGUUAUUAUUUAGAUCAAAUGCAAGAUGGCAACUAAAGUAUUUGAAGGUAACAACAUUAUGAAGUCAAGUCGAAAUCAAGUGAGCCGUGUAAAGGAUUCACCAUGAGUUAGUUACUGAACCAGCUUACUUAAAUUGGAGGGCAAAUAACAUUUAUUUCGGCAUUGGUAGGUAAGCAAAGAGUUUGUAGAAGAAAGUAUAUUAAUAAUAAUAAAGUUACACUUGCAUAUCACAUAAUGCUGAAAGCUUGUAUAUACAGUAUAUGCCCUAUAGAAAAUAUUCUAUGCUGAGUGAGUGACAUGUGAAUUUGUCCUGUAGUCACAUUCUGUGUGGAUCAUUAUGAAUAUAAUAGACUUUAUUUUUUCUGCAUGGUUUCAUGCUCUGCAUAAAUAGGCCUCAUUAAAGGAUGGUGCAUUAAUAAUGUAAAA